CUGUUUUUCUGUGCGGAUAAGUUCAAGAUGACAAGAUGCAGUCCUUACAUAAUAUCAUCAAACCUGGCUGUCUGCAUCUGGAUGAUGAUAAUCCCUACCGUCCGGUCAACUCUGGAUUUCCACGAUUACAAACUUCAAGGACUGGGGAAUAUCACGGAAAACAUUGGAAAAGAUAAAGUGGCUGGUUACUUCAUGUUGCCUCACAUAUACAGAGUAUUUAUCAAUGCUGGAUCAUCCCGGGAAGCUAUGGAUAGCACCAAAGUCUCAAAAAAAUGUCAGAACAUUUUACACAACUACCGCAAGGCCUUGUCAGAGAAAGAUGUUGCGGCAUGGAAAAUGUAUGAUGCUACAGGAAAGCAGCCGUCUGGGGUGUUGUUUGGUGGUACUGCCUGGAAAAGCAGCUAUGAUCAGUGUGUAGUGGAAGUUCUGAAGGACAAAAGUGCAGACUCCAAAAGUGUCAGCCUUUCACCACAGUUUUGUGCCGUGUACAUGUCUUCAGCCCCGUGGAUUCCAUCACUCGUCAAAGCAUUUAAAGUUCCAUUCUCUAUGCAAGUCCCCUCUUUCUUUGUGGACGUUUGUGUACCCAAGCUAUGCUCCAAGUCGGACAUUUUCAACCUUGUGGAUGCAUUCUUGAAACGGAACACCAGAGACCGCAAUGUGACAGUGGAGUCUGUAUCCUGCCAGUAUUCCCACCAAAUCACAAAGGACCCUGCAGCACUCAUUUCUGUACUGGUUUUGUGUUUUUUCCUGCUGAUGACACUGCUGGGUUCCUUGUAUGAGUUCAUUGUCAAGUGGCAUGAUGAUUGGGGAGAGGAAUGUACUUCAGAUGAAUGGAUUUGGCCUGUCGGGAAUAAAAUGCCAGAAGGUGUCCUCUCAUGGUUCCUUGUUUCUAAAAUUGCUCAGCAGCUCCGACCGAAAUCAUUGUCAGAGGUAGAAGUGAUCAAGGUUGUGCAGUGGGAGGAUGACUCACUGGAGGAGAGUCUGCCUAGGUUUAUCGAGGACCAGAAGAAUGAGGCUGAUGGUAGGAGUUCUCGUCGCAAGUCACGUGUCAGUUUUCAUUUCUCUGAUAAACCUUACAGGCAAAAGUUAUGUGGAAAUAAUUCUUGCUUCUGGUGUUUGUCAAUUCCGUUUUUUUUGGUUGUCGAGAUUGGUUUUUUGGCUUCUGCCAUUAGAAACAAUACCAGACAGUCGAGAAGGUCGAUAGCUGCAGAAAGUAAAUUAUCAGAAAAGUCCAGUCUGACCCCCGGCUUCUUGGAUGCUCGGAGGCUUACAGCUAAACCAGGUUCCUUUGAACUGCGACCUUCCCACCGCAUCAAGAGGUACGUGGCUUCAGCUCACCGACACAGUGGUUCUGACCACGAGCUGCUGAGAGCAGGUUGCCAGAGAUAA